AUGAAGGGUUCGUGCACUCUUGUUGCCUCCGUUGUUGUUGCCUCCACCGUAGCUUUAUCUUCAUCAACCCCAUCUUCUUCUUCGCCUAUGGUUGAGGAUUCAUCAAGAUCAUCAUCAAUGGAGAAAAAUAGUGGGUCUAAUCGGGAGAAAUUCGCAUCAAGAUUUGAUGGGUUAAGGUUCAUCGAGAUCUCGGUAAUGACUCACGGAUAA